GUUAUUGAUCGCCGCUCGGAAAAGCGGCAAUUGUGGCGUAUUUACCGACAAAUCAAAACAGCAUGAUGUUGUUGGUUUACGGGAUUCUGCUGCCGGCUGUCCUGCAGCUGCUGUUGCCCGUCCAGGGCAAAAACAAAGUGACCUACACGUUCCCCGAGUUUCCCUACAAGGAGACCAAGAAAAAUGAGGCGAUUUUCCGGGAAGUGGAAGUAGCCUGCGAGAAGGGCUGUUUGGGGAAAAACGGGCUAUCGAAGAUCACCUGCGUGAGACAGUGCGUGUCGCCCUCCUGCUACCGGGACCUUUACCAGCAGGACUUGUUUUUCUACUUUCAGCUGGAGGACGGAGAGGUGGACGUGAGACUGAACUCGUUUAAGGGUUGUUUUAUUCAACGAUACAACAAAUCCCGCCCUUAAGCCUAACACCGAUAAACACAUAGAUUAGUAACAGUUAACGCGCUCCUGUUGAGAAAGAUGGCUUUUUGUACUCGUUAUACAUUGGAAAUUACUCUAAACUAUACAUAUCACAAUAAAGUAAUGCUCAGUUAAGA